CAUGUAUCUUGCAGAAAUAUUUUUCCACAAAAAAUGAAACUCAAGUGCAUAGUCCCCUAGUACGUCGACUUUGUCUUGAGCUCCCUGCAGAAGCUGGUGACCCAAGAGGACCUGCUCCCCACUAAAUACAGCAAGAGAAUUCCCCAGCUCCUUCCAGUCUCCGGUGAAGAUCAGCAAGUAGCUGUUUCACGCACCAGCGCCCAUCUACUUCUUCCACUUCAAGGAGACUCUGGCUCUGGAAUAGAGUUGAACACACUCUACGUCCACUUCACCCUCUUCGCCAGGGAGUUGUGGGCCGUGGUGCAUUGGCUGGUUUCCCAUGCGGUUUUCCUGUUUGGUGGAUGAGUUCGGCUUGUCAGGAAGACCCUUUGGUCGUCAUUCAUGCAUUUCACAAACAUUUGUGGGACUACGGUUCUGAGUUUCAAAAACAAAACUAAAACCCUGGGUUCCAGUGCCUUUUAUAAUAGUUUCUGGUUCCAGUUUGUGGUGAGUUUGGCCCUCUAUCCUCAGGUGCCAAGACUUAGCUUUCUAACUGGGAUAAAUUAUGCCUUUUUGAUUAAGCUAAUCUGAGAGGGUAUCAGUUACCAGCAACCCAAAGAGCCUUGGCCAAGGCAAGAAACCAGAAGGAAAACAAAGGUGUACAGAAAAGUGACUAAAAAUUAUUUUCUAACGGAUAUCUAAAGUGACUAAAAUUGUUUUCUAACAGAUGGCUUACAAAAUUUGAUCCUGCUUAAUCUGAACAACAAUCAGCUUACAUGGAUUCCUCAAGAAAUCAGCAGACGAGUUGGAGCCUGGCAUUGAAAGGAGGUGUUCUGCAACGAUUUUUUUUCUUGUUUAAAGAAGUUUACUUCUACAAGAGGUAAUCUGAAAAUGACAGGGGCAAAGAGAAAAAAGAAAAGUGUGCUCUGGAGCAAGAUGCAUAUGCCCCAUUGUGAAGACUUUAAACAGUGGUGUAGAAGGCGGCUACCUAUUUUGGAAUGGGCAACACAUUAUAAUCUGAAAGAAAACUUGCUUCCAGACACUGUGUCUGGGAUAAUGCUGGCAGUUCAACAGGUGACACAAGGGUUGGCCUUUGCUGUUCUCUCAUCUGUGCACCCUGUGUUUGGUUUGUAUGGGUCUCUGUUUCCUGCCAUCAUUUAUGCCAUAUUUGGAAUGGGACGUCAUGUUGCCACAGGCACCUUUGCCUUGACAUCCUUAAUAUCAGCUAAUGCAGUGGAACGGCUUGUCCCUCUGAACAGUCAGAACCUUACCACACAGAGUAACACAAGUGUGCUGGGCUUAUCUGACUUUGAGAUGCAAAGGAUUGGUGUUGCUGCAGCUGUUUCCUUCUUGGGAGGUGUGAUUCAGGUGGCCAUGUUUGUGCUACAACUGGGUAGUGCCACAUUCCUGCUUACAGAACCUGUGAUCAGUGCGAUGACAACUGGGGCUGCCACCCAUGUCGUGACUUCACAAGUCAAAUAUCUCUUGGGAAUGAAAAUGCCGUAUAUAUCUGGACCACUUGGAUUCUUUCAUAUCUAUGCAUAUGUCUUUGAAAACAUCAAGUCUGUGCGACUGGAAGCACUGCUCUUAUCCUUGCUGAGCAUCGUGGUGCUUGUUCUGGUUAAAGAGCUGAAUGAACAAUUUAAAAGGAAAAUUAAAAUUGUUCUUCCUAUUGACUUAGUCUUGAUUAUUGCUGCAUCAUUUACUUGUUAUUGUACCAAUAUGGAAAACACAUAUGGAUUAGAAGUAGUUGGUCAUAUUCCAAAAGGAAUUCCUCCACCUAGAGCUCCCCCAAUGAACAUCCUCUCUGCAGUAAUCACUGAAGCUUUUGGAGUGGCACUUGUAGGCUAUGUGGCCUCACUGGCUCUUGCUCAAGGAUCUGCCAAAAAAUUCAAAUAUUCAGUUGAUGACAACCAGGAACUUUUGGCCCAUGGCCUCAGCAAUGUGAUUCCUUCAUUUUUCUUCUGCAUACCAAGUGCUGCUGCCAUGGGAAGGACCGCUGUCCUAUAUAGCACUGGAGCAAAGACACAGGUGGCUUGUCUAAUAUCUUGCAUUUUCAUCCUGAUAGUCAUCUAUGCAAUAGGACCCUUGCUUUACUGGCUGCCCAUGUGUGUUCUUGCAAGUAUUAUUGUCGUGGGACUGAAGGGAAUGCUAAUACAGUUUCGGGAUUUAAAAAAAUAUUGGAAUGUGGAUAAAAUUGAUUGGGGCAUAUGGGUCAGUACAUAUAUAUUUACAAUAUGCUUUGCUGCCAAUGUGGGGCUGCUGUUUGGUGUUGUGUGUACCAUAGCUAUUGUGAUUGGUCGUUUCCCAAGAGCAAAGACUCUGAGUAUAAAAAAUAUGAAAGAAAUGGAAUUUAAAGUGAAGACAGAAAUGGAUGAUGAAACGCUGCAGCAGGUGAAAAUUAUCUCAAUAAACAACCCACUUGUUUUUCUGAAUGUAAAGAAGUUUCAUACUGAUCUAAUGAACAUAAUCCAAAAAGAAAAUGCCAACAACCAGCCACUUGAUGAAAUCAGCAAGUGUGAACAAAACACAUUGCUCAAUUCUCUAUCCAAUGGCAUUUGCAAUGAAGAAGCAACACAGCCCUGCCUGAAUCAGAAGUGUUCUUUAAUCCUAGAUUGCAGUGGAUUGACCUUUUAUGACUAUUCUGGAGUCUCCAUGCUUGUUGAGGUUUACACGGACUGCAAGAACAAGAGUGUGGAUGUAUCAUUAGUCCACUGCACAGCUUCUUUGAUAAAAGCAAUGAAAUACUGGGGAAACCUAGAUUCAGAGAAACCAAUUUUUUUUGAAUCAGUAUCUGCUGCAAUAACUAACAUCCACUUAAAUAAGAAUUUGAGCAAACUCAGUGACCACAGUGAAAUCUGAGACUCUCAUGCUGCAGUACAGCUCUUUUCUUUAGCAACUGCCCCGAAGAGGCCAUACUCAAGUAUUUUCACAUUUUUUGUUGUGUAGAUCCUACAAAUGACCUCUACUAAAAUAAGUGUGAUGUGACUUACUAACCACAUA